AUGUACCGACAGAUCCUGAUACUCCCUGAGCAAAGGGACUAUCAACGUAUAGUCUGGCGUUUUAGCAAACACGAACCUCUCCAAUAUUAUCGUCUGAACACCGUCACGUAUGGAGUUUCUUCUGCUCCCUUCAUAGCACUUAGGACCCUUCGACAACUGGCUUCGGAUGACGGACCCAAGUUUCCUGCUGCUAGGCAAGUAUUGCUGGAUGAAAUUUAUGUUGAUGACAUCUUGACAGGCUGUUCAUCCGAGGCUGAAGCUCUCGAGUUGCGACAGCAAGUGCAGGAUCUGCUCAAGGCGGGCGGUUUCGAGCUACGCAAAUGGGCUACUAAUCAUCUUCCUCUGCUAGACGGUGUUCCGGCCGACCAUUGUAGAGAAUCCUCGUCCACUGACCCCCUUCUUCUCGAUCGUGAACCAGGUCUCAAGAUUCUGGGGCUUGGGUGGAACCCUUCAUCUGAUCACUUCUUCUAUUCUGUUCGGUCGACUUCAACGGCAAUCACCAAGCGAACUGUGCUGAGUCAGAUGGCUAAAAUCUUCGACCCUCUGGGAUGGUUAACUCCUGUUACCUUCUAUGCUAAAAUCUUCUUCCGUCAGCUCUGCCUACUCCAUCUGGAGUGGGACCAACCUCUUUCGAAUGAGGUUCAGCGCCCAUGGUUGCAAUUUCAGUCCCAGCUCCCCACUUUGUCAGAGCUUCACAUACCACGAUUCAUCCCUGACGUUUCUUCUUCUACGCAUCGGUUGGUUGGCUUCUGUGAUGCUUCUGAAUCAGGCUACGCUGCGGUCGUUUAUCUCCGCACUUUUGCAUCGUCUGGUCACUGCCAGGUGUCUCUUCUAGCGGCCAAAUCAAAAAUUGCUCCUUGCAAGGCUAUAACUCUACCUCGUUUGGAGCUGUGCGGUGCUCAUCUUCUCGCAAAGCUUAUGCAUCACCUGUCCACUCGCGUGUUGCAGCAUCUCGGCGCUGAGUGCAUGGCCUUCUGUGACUCUUCUGUGGCCUUGUCGUGGAUCCGCGGCGAGAGUCACAGGUGGAAGACAUUUGUCGGCAAUCGGGUUGCUGAAAUCCAAGAUCUCAUUCCCUCUGACUGCUGGAGACAUGUAGUGUCUGAGGACAACCCAGCUGAUUGUGCCUCUCGAGGAUUGAUGCCUGCAGACAUUCAUCAUCACCCAUUGUGGUGGCGGGGUCCUCACUGGUUGUCUUUCGACUCAUCCUUAUGGCCCUUUUCCUCUGUUGAUUCAUCUCAAACUGAUCGAGUAGACGAAGAAGCCAAGCCGAUCUCCGCUUUGAUGGUAGCGGCUAUCUUCGAUGAACCCACCAUGAUUGACCGCUUUUCCUCGUAUCUUCGACUCAAGCGGGUCACCGCCUUUUGUCGAAGAUUCAUAAUGAAUACUCGUGGUACAUCAUUCCCUCGGUCAGGUUUUCUUUCCUCUGUUGAGCUCCAGGAGGCGGAAGCCUGCUUAAUACGUCUGGUCCAAUCUGUUUAUUUCGCCGAGGAGUUGUCUGAGCUUCGAAAGCCAUCUUCUCGUCUUCGGCUCAUCAUGAAGCUUCACCUUUUUUGUGACGAGCAUGGACUUAUUCGUGUUGGAGGCCGCCUGUCAGCGGCCUUGUUGCCGUAUAGACACAAACACCCUGUUCUUCUGCCAAAGAAUAGCCAUCUCACUCAUCUGAUUAUCGAUGAUGCCCAUUAUCGUCUCCUGCACGCCGGCGCUUUAGCUACUCAUUCAUAUAUUCGUCGCCGGUACUGGAUUCUGGACGGACGUAAUGUAGUACGCAAUCGACUGCGCAGGUGCAAUCGAUGCUUCUCGUGCAAACCUCGUCCCCUGGUACAACCAAUGGGCAAUCUGCCCCCCUCUGCUAUGGCCUUUCUUACCACUGGUGUCGACUACGCCGGACCCUUUUACGUCACGAGUGCCCGACUACGUGGGGCUGUCAGCACGAAGGCAUACCUGGUUGUUUUCAUCUGCUUCACCACCAAGGCAGUUCACCUAGAAUUGGCAUCUGAGCUGUCCACUCCAGCGUUCAUCGCUGCUUAUCGGCGGUUCGUUGCGCGCCGCGGUCACCCUUCCGUCAUCUUUUCCGACAACGGGACCAACUUCGUUGGAGCUCAUAACUACCUUCGUGACCUUGGUCGCUUAUUGUCAGCUCCACAACAUCAGCAGAGUCUUUGUGAUGCUGCCUCGUCGUCUGGAACCGAUUGGCGAUUUAUACCCCCUUCCAGUCCUCACUUUGGCGGCCUUUGGGAGGCCGCUGUGAAAUCUGCUAAGCAUCAUCUCACUCGCGUUAUCGGCGAGCAGAAACUCACUUACGAGGAAUUUCUCACCGUCUGUACACAGGUUGAGGCUAUUCUCAACUCCCGUCCUCUGUAUCUUCCCUCAUCUGACCCUUCGGAUUUUGAGGCCCUCACACCGGGGCAUUUCUUGAUUUUCCGCCCCCUCAACGCUCCUCCUGACCAUGAUGUCAGUUCCGUGUCGGUGAAUCGCUUAUCUCGUUGGCAGCUAGUCCAGCGAUUCCAGCAGGAUUUUUGGAAGCGCUGGCGUCAGGAAUACUUGCAUACCUUGCAGCAACGUCAUAAGUGGUUGCAGCCGUCUACCCCUAUCCUUCCGGGCACUGUGGUCAUCAUUCGAGAUGAUGGUCUUCCUCCUCUGAAGUGGAGUAUCGGCCGUAUAUCAUCUGUUUUUCCCGGAGCUGACUCCACAACUCGUGUGGCUGAUGUUGCCACCCCUUCUGGGACAAUUCGGCGACCAAUCGUCAAGCUGUGUCCUCUUCCAAGUCAGUAG